AUGUCUUCAUUUGUGUUUCAAAGGAGACAUACAUGCUGUGGCUCCAGUAUAUCUACUGAGUCUGACACACACGUCCUCUUCCGGGUGUGUUUGAAAAGACUUUCACUGAGCUGUGGAGGGAUUCGCUGUGUCUCGAAUGAUACACACAGCAACUCAAACUCAAGCCAAGACCAUUUUUAUGAAAAGAGCUGUGCAACAAGAAAGAGAACAGUUGUAAUCUGUGUGCAGGUGGCUAUGGCAGAGGAGGCCCACAGAAGCCAGGCUGCUCAAAUCUCAGUCACCAGAAACGGAGAAGCAGACAAGAGUCACGAGGAAGUGUUUCACAGGGAUGUGCCACACAAUGUCUCCUCUGGACCAAUCACAUCACAGUCCCACAAUUCACCUGAAAACUAUGCAAUGAAUGAGGGAGUGGUCCAAGUGGGGCCAUAUACAGGGUCGCCAUUCCAGGCCACCACACCUAAAGUUGCCCCCAGUCCUGCAGCAGCCAGCCGGCUAGCUCGCAGCAUCAGCGAUAGUCAGGUGGAGACACGGAAAGGUGCUUUGAGAGAGCAGCAGAUGGGAGGAGCAGUGGUCCUUGCUGAUGACUUAAAGAGUCCUGCCAUAGAGAAACUGGAGCUGGUGAGGAAGUGGAGCAUCAACACUUACAAAUGCACUAAGCAAAUUCUGUCGGAGAAGUUAGGUCGUGGCUCCCGUACAGUUGAUUUGGAGCUGGAGGCACAGAUCGAGGUUCUCCGUGACAACAAACGAAAGUAUGAGCAUGUUAUCAAGCUGGCGCAGACACUUUGCACUCAGCUGGCGCAGAUGCUGCAGACACAGAGACAGCUGGGUGACGCGUUUGCUGACCUUAGUCUCAAGACACCCGAGCUACAUGAGGAAUUUGGCUACAAUGCUGAAACCCAAAAACUCCUGGCGAAAAAUGGAGAAACUCUGUUGGGAGCUAUCACCUUCUUUAUCUCCAAUGUUAAAACUCUAGUGGAUAAAACUAUAGAGGACACCUUGAUCAACAUUAAGCAAUAUGAAGCAGCAAGGAUUGAGUAUGACGCAUAUCGCACAGAUUUAGAGGAGCUCAAUCUGGGUCCACGGGACGCCAACACACUCCCUAAGAUCGAGCUGUCUCAGCAACAGUUCCAGAUCCACCGUGAGAAAUAUGAAAAGAUGCGCAAUGAUGUCUCAGUCAAACUCAAGUUUCUGGAGGAAAACAAGGUAGGAGAAUGUAUCUUAUAA